AUGGACCAACGCGAAGUAUCCGACCUCUUUGGAGACAUUAGCUCCAGCUCCGAGUCUAACGCUAGCAGACCCACGCCGACCCUCACAACGCCGCCGACGCUCUCGCCCGCCACAUCGCCACCGCUUGCAACCCCGAGUCCGGGACUGCCGCGACGUCCGCCGCGCCCGGGAACAUCGGUCCAACGGUCCGACCGGACCAACCACCGGAAGGCCGUACUCCUGGCCGCACCACCGGAAAUAAAGCCACGCCAUCGCGGAAGGGUCGCCGCCCUGAUCAAGCCUCGACCUACCGCCAGCCGUCCACCGACCGCCAAGCCCAGUACCAAGGCAUCGACUUCCCGGCCGCCGACCACCGGACCGCCUACUAACCGUCCGACGACCGCCGGACCACGAACUACCCGGCUUGCGACCGCCGGGCCGCAUACAAGCCGGCCUGCGACCAUCCGGCCGCCUACUGCCCGACCUGCGGCCGCCGGGUCGUCUACCGCCCGGCCUGUGAACAUCGGACCACCUACCGCCCGGCCUGCAAACGUCGGACCGUCUACUGCCCAGUCUGCGACCGUCGGGCCACCUACUGCUCGACCUACAACCGCCGGGCCGCCUACCGCCCGGCCUGCGAACGUCGGACCACCUGCCACCCGGCCUGCGACCGCCCGGCCACCCACCGAAUCACCAGAGAUCCGGGCAUCGCCCACCAGGUCACUAAUCACCGGGGCCCCAAGAAGGGGGCCACCCAUCGCCGGGUCCAUUCCCGUCCGCCUAGGCGACGGCACUGUGGUCGAAGUCCCCGCCGGAUCGGCCAUCGUAGGGCGCAGAUAUAAGGUCCGCACCGCGUCAGGCCGAUGGGUGAUCAGGUUUCACCCGGACAGCCGCCCCCGAGCAGCCCGGCGUCUCAACGGACCACCCUAA